AUGGGUUCAGUCCAUGUUGAUCAGACCACCUUCACUGCUGUAGAGCUCCAGCAGCUUCAUCAUCAGGACCUAACCAACCAAAGGGUUGAGAGGGCUCAGUGGGUGCUCAAAUCUCCUGAGCCACCAGGUCCAUGGCAGAAACUCCUUCAUUCAGUCAAAGCCAAUGUCUUUCCUCAAGGAAAGAAAUACUCAGCUGUUUCAUUCUUCAAAGGUCUAUUUCCAAUUCUUAGCUGGGGAAGAAAUUACAAGGCUUCAAAGUUUAAGAAUGACUUGAUGGCUGGUUUAACUCUUGCUAGCCUUAGCAUUCCUCAGAGUAUUGGGUAUGCUAAUCUAGCAAAACUCGAUCCUCAGUAUGGCCUAUACACAAGCAUUGUUCCACCUUUGGUUUAUUCUCUAAUGGGAAGUUCAAGAGAGCUAGCUAUUGGACCAGUAGCAGUGGUUUCUUUGCUGCUGUCUUCCUUGCUUCAGAAAAUUGAAGAUCCUACUGUAAAUCCUGUGGCUUACAGAAAUCUUGUGUUCACUGUGACCUUCUUUGCUGGAAUUUUCCAAGCUGCAUUUGGAAUUUUCAGGUUGGGGUUUCUUGUGGAUUUUCUAUCACAUGCUGCCAUUGUUGGGUUCAUGGGUGGUGCAGCCAUUGUCAUUGGUCUUCAACAACUGAAAGGUCUGCUUGGGAUCAGUAAAUUCACCACCAACACAGAUGUUAUCUCAGUCUUAGAGUGUGUUUUCAAGUCAAUUAUUCAUGAACCGUGGUACCCUUUGAAUAUUGUCCUCGGCUGUGCAUUCCUGAUUUUCCUCCUAAUAGCCAGGUUUAUUGGCAAGAAGAACAAAAAGCUCUUCUGGUUGCCAGCUAUUGCACCCCUCAUAUCAGUUGUAUUAUCAACUCUGAUAGUAUAUUUCACCAAAGCUGAUAGGCAUGGAGUGAAGAUAGUAAAACACAUUAAGUCAGGUCUAAUGCCAAGUUCAGCUCAUCAGCUACAACUCACAGGCCCACAUGUUGGACAAGCAGCCAAAGCAGGACUAAUUUCUGCAAUUAUUGCUCUUGCUGAGGCCAUUGCUGUUGGUAGAUCUUUUGCUUCCAUCAAAGGCUACCACCUUGAUGGGAAUAAGGAUAUGAUGGCCAUGGGCUGCAUGAACAUAGCUGGAUCUUUAAGUUCAUGCUAUGUUGCUACUGGUUCAUUUUCAAGAACUGCUGUAAAUUUUAGUGCAGGGUGUGAAACUGUGGUAUCAAACAUAGUGAUGGCGCUCACUGUUAUUGUAUCACUAGAAUUGCUUACUAGGCUCUUGUACUUUACUCCCACUGCUAUCCUUGCUUCAAUCAUCCUAUCAGCUCUGCCUGGACUUAUUGAUAUUAAUGAAGCUUACCACAUCUGGAAGGUUGACAAACUAGACUUUCUUGCUUGCAUUGGUGCAUUCUUAGGGGUCUUGUUCGCAUCCGCAGAGAUUGGUCUUCUUCUUGCCGUAAGCAUCUCUUUUGCAAAGAUAUUGAUAAAUGCUCUUAGGCCUGGCAUAGAAGUAUUAGGGAGACUUCCAAGAUCAGACAUCUUUUGCAACAUGAGCCAGUAUCCGAUGGCAAUCAAAACUCCAAGCAUCUUGAUAAUUGGCAUCAAUUCUUCACUGCUUUGUUUUGCAAAUGCUAAUUCUGUGAGAGAAAGGGUAAUGAAGUGGGUGACAAAAGAAGAGGAUGAAACUGAUGAGAAAGAAAAAGGAACAAAUAUUCAACAUGUAAUCCUUGAUAUGUCCAAUGUGAUGAACGUAGACACUUCUGGAAUUCUUGCACUAGAAGAAAUACACAAGAAGCUGCUUUCACAUGGCAUAGAAUUAGCUGUGGCCAACCCAAGAUGGCAAGUGAUUCACAGGCUGAAGUUGGCUAAAUUGGUGGAUAAAAUUGGAGAAGAGCGAAUUUUCUUGACUGUCAGUGAAGCUGUGGAUGCUUGCCUUAUGAAUUCCAAAGGCGCUGGAGCGAGCAGCUGCUGA